AUGGCUUCAAAAUAUGAACAUUUCCGUUCAUUGACUAGAGAUAUUAGGUCAUACACUGUUACUUCAACAGUAGAUUCUGAGUGGACUCAAGCUUUCUUUAAGUUUGUUACUUUCCAAUUUUAUGAGCGUGGCGGCAGACAGAGUGUGUUUGUAUUUUAUGCUAUCUGUACCCAGUUUGGUAGAUUAACUGAAGAUAUUCUGGUUGAAACUAUAUUUCAUCCCCCUUAA